AUGUCGGGAGAGAAACGCCCUGCUCCGGACGCAUUCGGUUCGUCAAAUCAGCUCGUGGUCAAACGGCAAAAAUCAGACAGCAACCUCAAUGCGAAUGCUGUUACAGUGAGGUCUGCCCAAAAUGGCGCGCUCGUGCAGGCUAUUCCCCGUACCAGUGGACUUGCGGCUCCGAUCAUGGAGCUCUCAGGUCACUCGGGUGAGGUAUUUGCGACUCGAUUUGAUCCGACGGCGCAGAAUAUCGCAUCAGGCUCGAUGGAUCGAAAUAUCCUGCUCUGGCGGACUUACGGGCAGUGCGAAAAUUAUGGCAUUCUGACAGGCCACAAGGGAGCAGUCCUUGAUCUGCAAUGGUCGCGAGACUCGCGGGUGAUCUUCUCAGCAUCAGCCGACAUGACGCUCGCAAGUUGGGAUUUGGAAACUGGCCAACGGAUCCGUCGACACAUGGGCCAUGAAGAGAUCAUUAACUGUCUGGACAUCAGCAAGAGAGGUCAAGAGCUGUUGGUUAGCGGGAGUGACGAUGGUUAUAUCGGCAUCUGGGACCCGCGACAAAAGGAGGCGCUUGACUUUCUCGAGACCGAGUUUCCGAUUACCGCCAUAGCUAUGUCUGAGGCCGGGAACGAGAUAUAUAGCGGAAGCAUCGAUAACGAUAUCAAAGUCUGGGACAUACGCAAGAAGGCCGUGGUGUACACGUUAGUUGGGCACACCGAUACAAUAUCAUCCCUACAGGUCUCCCCUGAUUCGCAGAUGCUACUUUCGAACUCCCAUGACUCGACAGUCCGAACUUGGGAUAUUCGUCCUUUUGCGCCUACGAAUCGUCACAUCAGGACAUAUGACGGUGCCCCUGUUGGGCUGGAGAAGAACCUCAUUCGCGCCAGCUGGGAUCCAAAGGGUGAAAAGAUUGCUGCGGGGAGCGGCGACAGAAGUGUUGUCGUCUGGGAGGUCAAGACCGGGAAGCUCCUUUACAAGCUUCCCGGCCACAAGGGCACUGUCAACGACGUCCGAUUCUCCCCCAAUGAUGAGCCUAUUAUUGUUUCUGGCUCGUCUGAUCGGAAUAUCAUGCUGGGUGAACUCGGAAAGUAG